AUGGCAGUUCCGUGCUUUAAAAAACAACAAAACAACAGUCAACGAUCCUCUUGUUCGAGUGCUGCAGCUUCUCCUGGCACUCUGCCUAAUAAACUUCCAAGUAACUUAGUUAAUGCGCAGGGUUUCGGAGCGUUAAGGGAAUCUGCACGCAGCCUCCGGACUUUCUUCUCCCCAGUCAGAUCAAAGAAGCUCUUUAUUAAACGUCUCCUCUGCUCGCACAUUCCGAAGCUCUCCCCAGCCUCCGCCUCCCACCGAACUUGGGGAGUCGCUCCCAGGCCGCGGCCGCUGGGCCGCGCCGGCCUCGCCCGCACCCCUGUCGGGCCCGCACCUCUGUCGGGCCCGCGCCGCCGCUCGGCUCGCCGCCGGCCCCGAGAGGCGGAGGGAGAGGCAGAAGCCGCUGAGCGCAGCGCCGGCGGGGUGUCCCUGCUUCCUCCCCCAGUCCCAGGUCUGCGAGGGAGCAGCCGCCAGGAGCCCCCUUCCCGCCCUCCCUGCCUGAGCCCGGCGGCGGUACCUCAUCGCACGGCGGGCGCCUCCCGCCCGGCCCCGCUGCCCAGGCCGCAGCCAUCCGCCGCCUCCAUCGGCACCGCCGAGGCCGGGUAUGCAGCUCACAUUGAGCCUUCUUGGCCACAAGGGUCCGUUGCUGGUUUAUGGUCAUCGUUCUGUCCACCAGGACUCCCAGGUCUCCUAUGCUGCUCUCUAACAGGUCCUGAGGUCAAGAUAAACUACAUCCACUGUACUACCAUCAUCUAUCCCCCUGGUUAUCUCCUCGUGAAAGACCAUAAGAAGCUGAAACACUGGACACCUCUCUGUUUCAGUUGGAGGUCACUCGCUGAUUUAUCUCCAGUUCACAGCUCAUUAGAAGCACCCACAGCAGCACGGAGAGAGGGUUCUGAGUGCCGCCGCAGAGCGGUCCUCGUCUGCAGUCACCACGGAGAAAACCAUCUGUUCCACUUGGAAAGGGGUUUGGAUCCACACGCCCUCCCCCCGCAUCUCGGCUCCGUCCCCAGCUGCCGUGUUUCGAUGAGCAGCGAGGGAAUGAAUCUCCUGCGUUAAAAAUACUCUGGUUCUAUUUCGAUGAAAAGAAGAAUCUUCCUUGCCUACACUGAGAUACAAAAAUAGUCUUAGUGUGAGUAAAUUGCCAAAGUUGCUCUUGGUGAAAAUAUCCAGCCUUGUUUUUUGUGUUGUUUUUUUUUUUUUAACUUAACCAUAUAAAUAUAUUUAUAGAGUGCCCUUCUUUCCUCCUGCUCUACCAAGACAUUUGCAGAAGGUUGCUGCUUGUCUUCUUCGUGAGUCUUGAAAUAAUUUGCAGGGCCUUUGAAACAUCAUCGUGUUGCAUAGUUGUGAUGCAACGUGCUGCUGCUGCAGGAACGUAUCAUAUUUUAAUGUGAAUGUCAUGUUAGCUGAGACAUUCCAGCCUUUCUUUUACUAAAGGCACUUCACACUGGCUUGUGUUUUCCCUUUGGGUUGCACUCAACAAAUCCUGUUUGUAGUAAAUUAAAACUUUGCAUUCUAUAUCCAAUCCACUGCAUAGAAAAUUAACAUGUAACACGAGAGGAUUAACAAGAUGCAUACACUUUCCAGAUAUCUCUUAAAAAUAGCUUUCACUGUAGCAUCUUAAUUCUGAAUAAUCUCAAAACCCUUCUGUAAAUCUAUGCAUAUAGUAACAGAGAAACCACCUCCUUCAUCUCACAAACUGCACAAUUUGUAUCUGUGUAGGAAAAAUCCCUGAAGUUGGGCGUACAUUUCUGCUCCUAUCUGUGGAACCAGUGGAAGUGUU